AUGGCGAAUUUUGAGAAGAUAGUGGUGCAAGCGGGGCCGAAAGGUCUUGCAAUUAUCGCAGGUACAGUGGCAGCCGCCUUUGGCAUUAAGGAGUCGCUGUUUUCAGUUGAUGCUGGUCAUCGAGCAAUUAUGUUCAACAGAAUUGGUGGUGUUGGUGAUGAAGUCUACAAAGAAGGCCUUCACUUCCGCAUUCCAUGGUUUCAGUAUCCAAUUGUUUACGAUAUCCGUGCCCGACCCAAUCAAAUCCGUUCGCCAACCGGAAGCAAAGAUUUACAGAUGGUAAAUAUCGGCUUGCGAGUAUUGUCACGACCCGAUCCAUCGUCACUGCCGAAAAUUUACCGAAUGCUUGGGCAGAACUGGGAAGAAAGAAUACUUCCUUCGAUUUGCAAUGAGGUUCUGAAAAGUGUCGUGGCAAAGUUCAAUGCAUCGCAGCUGAUCACACAGCGACAGCAAGUUUCUCUACUUGUCCGUAAAGGUCUGAUAGAUGAUUUUACUCAUAUGACAUUAGUUUGUGGUGAAGUGGCAUCACUAUUAAUAAAUAUGAAUUGCUUACUUUUAUUAGAUGAUAGUCAUUUUUACUGCAAAAUCUUACGCAAAAUAAUGUCCAUUUUGUGCAAAUUGUUCAUGAUUGCAGAAAGAGCAUUGGAUUUCAACAUAAUUUUGGACGAUGUUGCCAUCACUGAGCUGGCAUUUUCACCGCAAUAUUCAGCAGCCGUGGAGGCAAAACAGGUUGCAGCACAGGAGGCGCAGCGAGCAUCUUUCCUGGUCGAACGAGCGAAGCAGCAGAGACAGGAGAAAAUCGUACAAGCCGAGGGUGAAGCACAGUCGGCUAAACUUGUAAGUUCAUUAGGAUUUUUUGAUGCUUCGCUUUUCCCUUAA